AUGGCUAUCAAAGCACAAACAGCAAAACGAUCCAAGCUUCACAACAGAUCAACGGAUGCUUUAGCACUUGCAGAGAAAAUCAAGAAAAAUGCUUUGAAGCAAAAGUUGGGCCAGAAACCUUCCGAUGAAGACAAAGUAUCUUCAGCUAUUGAGGAAGUUAGUGUAAAUGAUGGAAGCAAGAAGUUUGAGUCAUUCUCUGAACUCAAGUUGAUUCCAGAGCUUUUGGAAUCCAUCCAGGGCAUGAAGUUCACUAAACCAACACCAAUUCAGGCAGAAGCCAUCCCACAUGCCUUGGAAGGUAAAGAUAUCAUUGGUCUUGCAGUGACUGGAUCCGGAAAAACUGCUGCAUUUGCCAUUCCAAUUUUGCAGUCGCUUUGGAAUGACCAGACUCCUUAUUAUGGUCUUGUCUUGGCUCCAACAAGAGAGUUGGCCUACCAGAUCAAGGAGACUUUCGAUGCCUUAGGCUCGUCGAUGGGUCUUAGGACCACAUGUGUGGUGGGAGGAAUGGACAUGAUGGACCAGGCAAGAGACUUGAUGAGAAAGCCACACAUCAUUGUUGCAACUCCAGGUAGAAUUGUGGACCACUUGGAGCACACCAAGGGCUUUAACUUGAGAAACUUGAAGUAUUUAGUCAUGGAUGAGGCCGACCGUUUGUUGGACUUGGAUUUCGGUCCAGAGCUCGAUAAGAUCUUCCGUGUGAUUCCUAAGGAGAGAAACACCUAUCUCUUUUCUGCCACCAUGACCAACAAGAUCGAGAAGUUGCAGAGAGCUUCUUUGCGUAAUCCAGUUCGUAUUGCUGUCUCUUCGAAGUACCAGACGGCUGACAACUUGGUUCAGUCUAUGAUGUUGGUUAGCGACGGAUACAAGAACACUUACUUGAUCCACCUUCUUAAUGAGUUCAUGGGAAAAUCCAUCAUCAUUUUCACUAGAACUUGUGCACAUUCUCAAAGAACAGCAUUGCUUGCCAGAAUCUUGGGUUUUUCUGCUGUUCCUCUUCACGGCCAGUUGACCCAGUCCCAGAGAUUGGGCUCUUUAAACAAAUUCAAGUCGGGAAAAGCUAACAUCUUGAUUGCAACCGAUGUGGCCGCUCGUGGACUUGAUAUUCCUUCCGUGGAUGUAGUUAUCAACUACGACAUUCCUACUGACUCAAAGGCAUACAUUCAUAGAGUCGGUCGUACCGCACGUGCUGGAAGAUCUGGUAAGUCUAUCUCGUUGGUUACUCAAUAUGAUUUGGAAAUGUACUUGAGAAUCGAGGCCGUGUUGCAGAAAAAGCUUCCAAAGGAUCCUGCUCCUCCUAAGGAUGUCUUAGAUGCAUUGCAUGUUCAUGUGGACAGAGCCACUGCUGAGGCCAUCAAGCAGACAAAGGAUUUCCACGAGAAGAAGGGGGGUAAGAGAAAAUCCAGGGAUGACGCUGAUCGUGAAGAACGUUAG